AUGUCAUCUGCAGUACCGCGUCUGGCAGUAGUCGCCGCUGGGGCCAUGGGCGCUGCCGUGGCGAAACGCCUGACUAGCUUCGGCUGCACAGUCUACACCAACCUUGACGGCCGCUCUGAAGACACACGAAAGCGAGCACAAGAUGCCGGGAUGAUUGACCUCUCUGUCGACGAGCUCGUGCUCAAGUCAGACUGGAUUCUGAGUAUUUUACCGCCAAGAGAUGCUGUAUCAUUUGCCGAAAAGAUACAGAAAGUUGCAGCAAAACACGGCAGGGCGUUACCCUCCCCACAGACGUUUGUUGACUGCAAUGCUGUCAAUCCGGAAACGGUAAAACGUAUCGCGGCGCUAUUUGCAGGGACGAGCAUCAGGUUUGUUGAUGCUGGCAUUAUUGGAGGGCCUCCGAAGGGCGACCAAAAUCCUACAUUUUAUGCGUCAGCGGAAGAUGUGAAAAUUUUGGAUGAAUUCACUGCACUGUCGAAGUACGGUUUGAAACUAUCUCCUCUUAAGGGAAAAGGCGUGGGGAUCGGAGACGCUAGCGCACUGAAGAUGUCGUAUGCUGUGAGUGGAACAGGCAGGCGAACAAGUUCGGCUCAUGCAUCGUCGCCUGCAACCGCGGAUGCUCUCAUGAGAGAACUACAGAUGUCGCAGCCAAUUUUGUUGGACCGUCUAGUGAAGACUGUACCGCCUAUGCUACCGAAAGCGUACAGAUGGAUUGGAGAGAUGGAAGAAAUCGCUGACUUUGUUGGUGGGAGCGAGGGGGACGUCUACCGGGGUAUAGCGAAGGUAUAUGAGCGGAUUGAAAAGUCGAUAGCGGGUGAUCAAGAAGAUAUAGCGACGUUGACGAAAUUUGUAGAGAAAGCAAAGGAAUCACGCUAG